AUGAAUUUAAAGUUUUGUCUAUUUUCUUUUUAUUUUCUUUUUCAAUUUUAUUUGAACGAGGGGAUUUUUGAUGUACUGGUAAACUCGAUUGAGGAUAAGGGAUUUAAGCAAUAUUUAAAAGACAAAUUUGAGGAAUUGGAGAGGAAAUUAAACAUUUUGGAACAAAAAAUUGAAAGUAAAUCAUUGGAAGGGAAUCUGAAUUUAUCUGCUAAGAAAUUAUGUAAAGAAUUGAGUGAAAUGAUGGUAGAGAAUAAUUGGGAUAACUUGAAUAAUCUGAAUAGUUUAUCCAAAGUUUUAACUGAUGGGGAAUUAUUCUUGAAGGAAAUUUGUAAAGAAAACCCUGAGGCGUGUUUCGAUUACGAAGAUAAGUAUUAUAAUAAUGCUCUGAAUUCAAUUCCUAAUAAUUGGAACAAAAUAUUUCCAAUUAUUUUGAAUUUUUGGAAUCAUUGGAAUGGAAAAAUUAAUACAUUUCCUCAAAAUUUCGAUUUUCAAAAUCAUGCCCACCGCCGCUCAAAACGUGGUUAUUAUCGCUAUAACAAGGAUGAUGAGGAAGAACGUGAGAGAAAACACAAUGAAAUGGUAAACAAAUUCCAUCGAGAUGUUGAGGAUGCUCGCAAUUAUGUUUGUAAAGCUUACAUAGCUAUCAACAUUAUUAUGUUUAUUGUUGUAUAUUUAUAUGCAACACAAAUAUAUCCAUCCCUUCAUUAG